AUGUUCACACCUCUCGAAUCCACUCUCGGAGCCUUCCUCCUCCACCAGUCCACCUCCCUCCUUCUUCACAACAAUGGCCUCGUUCUCGGCUGCUCUGGCUUCCUCCGAAACCUCCUCUCCACCUCGCCUUCGCCGACAACAAUCACCUUCGUCCUAGGAAUGGCUACUUCGGUUCCAGUCCUCAAACUCCUGCUGCCCAGCAUCCUCACAUCAUACCCAGCAGCUCCAUCCUCUCUCCAAUCCGCAUUCGUAACAGCAGGCAUCGGUGCCCUCGUGGGCUGGGGAACCAAAGCGUCCAAUGGCUGUACGAGCGGGCAUAUGCUGUGCGGGCUGUCGAGGCUGAGCGCGAGGAGCGCAGUGGCAGUAGCACUUUUCUUCCCAGCGGCAAUCCUAACACACCACCUUGCCCACCCAAGUCUAUUGACGCAAGAGUGUGCCGGCGACAUCCCUUGCUACACGCCCGUCUACCCACCAAGGGAAGAAGCACUCUCCCUCGUCGCCUUCACUGUCCUCGCCAUCCUACUCAGCCGCGCGCUCCCACGCAUCGUGGCUAGAUUCCCUGCAUCCUCUCCUCCUACGCCGCCCCCGUCAUCGUCGUCGUCGUCGACAUCGCCAGCAGCCAGGAAACAGAUAUCGCCCACUCACACACCCUCGCUGCCGAACUUGACAACGACGUUCCUGUCGGGCCUCAACUUCGCCUUGGGCCUCCAGAUCUCGCAAAUGUCCUCCCCGGCAAAAGUCUCGUCGUUUCUUUCUUUCCCCUCGCUGCAUAAUUGGGAUCCUUCGCUCGCUCUCAUCCUCGUCUUCGGCGUUCUGCCAAAUUACCUCGAUAACUAUUUCCGCGGGCAUCCGUACGCCGCUGAUGAUGCCACCAGCUCUUCCGCUACUGCAGCAGCAGCAGCAGCAGCAGCAGGAGAGAAGAACAAGACGAAGACGCCGAAAUUCGCAAAUUCGUACCAGGUUUCCAACAAGACGCUGCGGGAUGGCGAUUGGAGGUUUGUGGUGGGCGCUGUGGUGUUUGGAGUUGGGUGGGGGUUGACGGGGACGUGUCCUGGGCCUGCGCUUGUGAGGGGUGUGGUUCAGCCGCAGUGGGGGGCUCUUUGGAUGGGCGGGUUUUGGGUUGGGGGCUUGUUUUGAUCGAGGUUGCUGAGUUGGUGGGGAACUUUCUUUUUCUGAUGGGGUUUUCUAGGGAUUGGUUGCAUCUCUUUCUUCUUCUAAUGAUAUCCCUUC